AUACAACUGCGUUUCUUACACAAUACAAUGUAAGUCGAUCUAUUUUUGCCGAGUACCGGAUGUAAUGGUACGAAAACACAACCGAAUCCACCGUGUACCACAUACAGUAUAGUAGGCCUAGAUGAUGUGGAUGGUAGCACAAACAAGACAACUGAAUAUGGUGCCCGGGCACUUCUUGUUGGGCAUCAUGUGCUACGUCAUCAUGGCGUUAGCACCCCCCUGCUCCUCCCUCCCGCUGGAGACGUCCCAGUACCUGACGAUGCGAGAUGACCUAAUUGCUGAAGAUGAGCACAUGCGAGUUGGUGGACGUCUGGUGCUGUCGGUACAAGAGCAGACAGUAAACAGACGGCUAAUGCAAGAAAAACAGCACGUGAUAGAAUCAAGCCGGAAAAAACCGCACUGUGUUUGUUCCCUCCUUAAGCUUCUACCGCUCUAGGAAACAGAUAGAAGAGACGGCCAUGUUUGAACUGAUCCAUCGCAUGCCGAAGGGAGCGGCGCUUCACAUCCACGACCAGUCAAUGGUCAGCUUGGACUGGAUCAUAAAAAACGCCACCUACCGGGACAACGUCUACAUGUGCCUCAACCACCACGGCAACACCGUCUUCCGUGUGUUUAACAGCACGUACAAAACACCAGGCUGUGAGUGGAAGCUGGUGAGGGAAGAAAGACGUUUGUCUGGUGACGUCACAGCUUUCGAUUUGAGUUUAAAACAAAACCUCAGCCUCGUGGCCACUGACCCGCUCCUGACAUUUGCUGAUAACCAGGCCGCCUGGGUCCGCUUCGGCCGAUACUUCGGGCAGGUCCACUACCUGCUGUAUCACGUGCCCAUCUACCGGGACAUGCUGUGGCAGACGAUGGAAGAAUUUUACGAGGCCAAUGUUCAGUACCUGGAGAUUAGGGGGACAUUCGACAAGCUUUUUGAACUAGACGGUACCGAGUAUGACAUGGAGUUUGGUGUAUUGCUUGUGGAGCAGGUCGCCGAGGAUUUCAAGAAAAAGCACCCUGAUUUUUAUGGGGUCAAGGUCAUUAUUAAUAGUAUAAGGUUCCGAAAUGUAUCCGUGGUUUUGGAAGAGAUAAAAACCACAAUGCAACUACACCGGAAGUACCCAGAUCUGAUGGCGGGCUUUGAUAUGUCUGGAAACGAGGCUCUCUACAACCCCCUGUCCUACUACAGCGAGGCUCUACUGUACCCGUCCAGACAAGACCCGCCCUACAAGCUGCCGUACUUCUUCCAUGCCGGGGAAACAUCCUGGCAGGGAACCAAGACUGGCCAUAACCUGGCCGAUGCCAUCCUUCUCAACGCCUCUCGUGUGGGCCACGCCCUGACUCUAAGCAAACACCCCAGGUACCUCGAGCUCAUCAGACAAAAGGACAUAGCCAUAGAGGUCGAGCCCAUUUCAAACCAGGUUCUCCGGUUGGUCAGUGACUUACGUAACCAUCCAAUGGCAGCGCUGAUAGCCCACAACGUGCCGGUCGUCAUCAGCUCCGACGACCGAACCACGUGGGACGCCGCUCCCAUGUCACAUGACUUCUACGUCACCUUCAUGGCCAUGUCCAGCGAUCUGGCGGACCUGACGCUGCUCAAACAACUGGCCAUCAACUCCAUACGGUACAGUUCACUGGGCCCGGCUCAAAAAGAGACGGCCAUGGAAGUAUGGCAGACCAAAUGGGAAAUCUUUGUUGGAGAUGUGCACGCAGCCGAAGCUAAGCCUGACAUGCACACAAACAAAGCUUCUAAAUUUAGCUCACAAUUGACCCACAUCUCGUUUAUUUUGGCUAUUGUUUUUAAUCUUUUCGUUCGGAAUGUACUGUAAUAUUAUAAUUUAAAUACAUUAAUUCCUCUUAAACAGGAAAAAAAUUAAUGUAGUAUUAGGUUGUAUGCAGUGGCGUAGCGAGGUCGAGUGUCACCCGGUGCGGUACUUAAUGGUGUCGCCC